GAGAUGUUGAUUCUCGUGUUUUAGGACGAUUUCACGCUAGGUUGUUCUUGUUUGUGAUAUUUCAGGUCCUAGUACGUGAAUGAAGGUUUAGGAACGAGUUCGGGGUCGAUUGGACAAAGUUUGGACGUUUGGCAAGAAGCUGAGAAGCCACACACGGCCGUGUGGGUCGUGGCCGUGUGGGAUGGCUAAAGUCACUUAAUCGAAACUCUGCAUUUUGCAAACUCACACGGGCAGCCUGGGAGAGUCACACGGCCGUGUGGCCUGGCCGUGUAAGUCGGGAAUCUCUGGUUUUAAGCCAAAAUUCGAGCCAAAGGAGAGGAGAGCUGGAUUUUUGGUUCCCAAACACCCAAGGGACGAAUCCUAGAGAGAGAGAGCGACUUGGGAACAUUCUUGGAGCUAUUUUGGAGGAUUUCUUUGCCAUAGGAGCUCGGGAAUCAAGCUUGGAGAUGGAGAUUGAAGAUCAAGAUCAGAUUUCUGCAGUCUCUCUCUUCUCUAUGGGAGUAACUUCCCUUCACUUAGGUUUCGAGGAACCCUAGGUCCAUUUGUUAGGAUCUUUCUUGUAUGAAGUUUUGGAUGCUAUAUUGUUUGAUUAUAAUCGAUUGAGGCAUGAUUUAUUGAUUCAAUUGAAGCCCGAUCAUCUUCUCUUGAUUUCUUCUUUAACCUAUGAUAGAUAGAAUCUGAUUAGGUUAAGAGAGCUUCCUUGAUUGAUAGUGGUGAAUUGGUUGUGCGAGAGUCAAUCAAUUCAUUGCUUUGUACUGGAAUUCAUUCCAGUAGUGGAGAUCUGUUUGAAUUGCCUUAGCAGUCUAUCCCGGUGAAGGCUAGUCGCAUGUCGAGUAUUCUGUCUAAGAGGGCUUGGUCAGCUUAAGAGAUUCCAAGCUAAUUUAGGAUCUUCUGCAGUUUAAUCAACAGUAGAUCAACCAAAAGUAAUUGCAACUUGGACCUAAUUGAGGAGCUAGGGGGAAUCAUACCUAAGUGAGUUCCCAACUUGUAAUUAGUAUAUUAGUUAGUAGAGUAGUUUAGUAAAUCAAUCUUUAAUCUAGUUUGCUAGAUAAUGAACUGAAGUUGAGUAAUAGUAACUCUAGAGACCCGUGGAUUCGAUAUUUAUUACUUGUGCCACUAUACUGCAGUCCCUUUCAUUGGUUGCACUUGGCCAUAGUUAGGUGUUGUGUUUUAGCGUGUCAAGUUUUUGGCGCCGUUGCCGGGGACUUUCUAGAUUAUUAGGAAAGGCAGAAGUUUGUUACUUUAGCGGUUUUUCUUUUCUUUUCUUUUCCCCCCUUGCUUUUCACUUGGGUGUUUUUGUUUCUGUUGGUGCAUAUUGGAAUCAUGGAUCCUCAUGGCUUCUCCAAUCAUUGGGGGUAUCCACCACCAUCCGAGUGGUAUUAUCCCAAGACUCCCUGGAGAAAUCAAGGAGGAAGAGAUUAUGGAUUCGGGUUCCAGUACCAACCCCCUUACUACGGAGAACAAUCAGACCCCUGGGCAUAUCAAGAUCAACCUCAUUACCAAGAAGACUUUCUCCCACAACCAGAAGGGCCAUCAGAGCUGGAGUUACCCAUGGCGGCCUUCACGGGCCACUCUGCAGAGCCAUGCUACACUUCACUGGAAGAUCCGAACAAACAAUUAAGGCUUCUCGUGGAGCAGUUUGCUCGAGACACUGAAAGAUCAUGCUCCAAGAUGGAUCUUCAAAUCCAAGCCCUUGCCCCUUCCGAUCCCUCAUUUCUCCAUGAAAUGGAGGAGAUUGUUUAAUGCUCAGCGAAGCAAACAGAUUGGGUGGUGAAAGUUUGCUCACAUCCUGCUCAAGAUCACCUUUCUGCUACCACACUAGAAGAGGUGUAGGAUGACAAAGGCUACAGGGACGUUGAGGAGCAUACAGAAGUUAUCACAGAGAACUCCCAUGAUAAUCAUUUCUGCUCUAACAUGCAGGGCCCGAGCGAGGAGAUGCAAGAUGAUCUCAUUGAAGAAAUUACAUGGCGACUUGCUCUCCAAUCUGUUCUAGAAGAAGAGAGAGAAAGGGUGAGGGAAGAAGUUGUGGAGGAUGAAGAAGAAAUCAAAGAAGAGGAUGUUCUUGAUCAUUUCCCAGGGGUGAUACCACAAGAAGAAGAAAGGGAGGAUGAAUAAGAAAUUGGCGUCCAGGCUUAGGACGGAGUUAAGUUGGAAGAGGCCUGCACCGGCCAAGAAUUACAUGAUAUAUCUCCACCUAACUUCGAGGAACUACUUAGCAAGGACCCAUUUGAUUUGUCUCUUUGCCAUACCAAGGCCAUAUCGACAUCAGUCCCUCUUGGUGGACGCGAUGGUGGUCAAUCGAUGUUGUCAUAUCUAGUUUGAGGCAAUGAGACGAGAGAAGAGAAGAAGAGGUCUCGAGGGUGGAGACGUUAUCUGCAUCAAGUGCACGAGCUUCCAUCACCUUUCAUACCACAUGCUCGUGACUUGAGACUCCACCUCAUCGACGAGAACCUCAACUUCAAGGAGGUUUUGGGGUGGACCAAAAUUUAGGAGCCAUCGUCUGGCUUACGACGUGAAAGAAGCGCUUGUUGGGAGGCAACCCAACCAGUCGGUUUGCAUUUCUUUCUCUUUUUCUCCUCGGUUGAGUCAGUUUUGUUAUUUGAUUUUAGAGUCAAUAACUCAACCUUUGUGUUAUUUUGUGCGGUGUUUGUGUUCCGACUACUCUCUCCUCCUGGAAUGCACCGCCUGCCCCGUCCAGCAUCAUUCACCCUUGAUCUGGUAACUUCGCUCUACCCUCCUUAUCUUUCCUCCAUUGAGGACAAUGUCGUGCUUAAGUGUGGGGGGGAUGUUCGAUUAUGUAUGCGGGUGAAUGUUGGCUGUUUGUGUGCUUGGAGCCUAGUCCACUGUCCAAAUUUUUAAAUUUGAGGGCUCCAAGUACGUGUUUCCUUGCAAAUUGCCUGCUUAGUAUGCUUUGAAUUGACAGUCUCUAUAGUAAUGUGCAACCUAGGGAGGUAGUGUAGCACUAUGGAGGAUGUUGAAGUAUAAGAAUUUUCCUAUCUAGCUCUCUGUUGUGCCAGUUGAUUUUGUGAACUAGUGGAUUCAGGACCGUUGAUUCAUGUGGUAUUGAUGACACUUCUUAUGUUGUGUUGUGGACUCGUGUAUCGAAACAGGGUGCUCAUGUGGAAAAUGAAAAAUGCAGUUGGUCCUCCAUGUCAAAAUCAUUAAAUCUUAAACAUGGGGUAAGCCCAACGUGUGCGGCACCGUUCAUUGCACAAAAUCGGGUUUUGGAAGAGAUUUUAGUGAUCCUUGGUGGGGUAGGCCUACAAGGUGAAGCUAAGUUGUCUCUAGUACAAGUAAAAUUUACACCCGUUGAACGGUUUGCCUACUUGAGGAUGUGUUUUUAAGGGCACGGAUAGAGCUUCCGACCCCCCUUAAUUUCAUUGACCCUCCACACGAGUUGAGGAAAAGGAGUUAAAAGAAGUACUCUGGCGAGCGCCAGAUGUACAGAAAUUGCUCUUGGUCUACUAAUAAGGGUCGACCGUGCGAAAGACUGCAGUUGGAACCCCCGCUAAGAAAAAGAAAAAAAAAGA